AACUAUUAACGGUGCGAUGUUGUUAGAGAAAUGGUUUUGAACAGAAUCACAGUGAGGAAAUGGUCUCCCCUAGAAGAGGCUGACGAUCGGUGUGUCAACACAGAUGUAACGUUACAACCACUGAUUCAGUACGUUAUAAGACGGCCGCAUGGUGACAUUGGUGAGAAGCACACCAAGCUCGGACCGGUAUAAUUGAAAGUUAACAGCUCCUGACCUGUCAACAACUGGAGUUAAGAUGUCCGGUGGCGCGAGCUUCAUGAGCAAGGUGCGGUCCGCCUUUAGGAAGGAGCCUGAGGACUGGGACCUGAGCGACACGGCGCCCUUUGACCUCUCUGGGGACGAGCUCGCGGAGGAUGAGGCGCCCAAGUUCAACAAACUCAAAGUGGUGGUUUCCGGUGAGAUGGAGGACUACGCAGCAGGGGCACCGUCGAACGGCGUCGCGGUGAACACAAUGGUGGUGGAUGAUGACGAUUCGCUGCUCGACUCGUCCUCGGGGAGCUUGGGGAGCCCCGGUGUCAACAUGGACCGGUCGCAGUGUGAGAGCUGCACGAGGAAGAGAGAGGGGGUUAAACGGAGGAGAGUGAUGAAGAAGUUGGCGUGCGCCUCUGUGUUGUAUUUCCUCUUCAUGAUUGGAGAACUGAUAGGUGAGCAGACAAAACACACUACACUAGUCUGUUACAGUACUGACUACAGACUCUCAUUAUACACUGUUAGUACUGUGAGGUUAAAGCUGUGGCCUUCAAGUUCCAAUCAAAUCAAUUUGGCCCCAGGACCUUUCUGGAGGAACCAGAACUCAUGGUUUAUUAAAAGUGUAUUUCCAGUCCUUUGUAUUGGUGUAGACAUGACGGACCAGAUGGGACUCAUUCCCUCCCAAACCAAAAGGAGAAACCAAUAUUUUCUCUGUAUGGGUUUCCUCCUGAACCAGACUGGUAACGGUCACCUCCACUCCCACGGGGGUCAUGGUCACUCACACGGUGUUCCCCCUCCACCCUCACAUGGCCACAGCCACGGUGGCCCCCCAGCCCAGGGGCCCCAGGGCAGCCUGGCAGUCAGGGCAGCCUUCAUCCAUGCACUGGGAGACCUGGUCCAGAGUAUAGGGGUCCUCAUAGCUGCCUACAUCGUACGCUUCAAGCCAGAGUACAAGCUGGCGGACCCCAUCUGUACCUACAUCUUCUCUAUCCUGGUGCUGUUCACAACGAUACGCAUCAUACGGGACACGGGAGUCAUCGUCCUCGAGGGGGCACCCAGGCAUGUGGACGUUCAGCGAAUCAGAGAAGACCUUCUGAAGUUGGAGGACGUCCAAUCAGUUGACGAGCUCAAAGUGUGGGCAUUAACCGGUGACAAGACCUCCGCCCUCGCACACCUGCUGCUCUCGCCCUCUAGUGCCAGUGCGUGGGAGGACGUGCAGGCCAAGGCCAGACACCUGUUGAUCCACACCUACGGCCUGACCAGGUGCACCGUGCAGGUCCAGACACACAGAAACAGGGCUACACGCACCUGUACACACUGCCGAGAGUCCACCGCAUAGCCUGAAUUAAACACACACAGUCUGAGGACGUUAAACCAGACUGGUGCCAAAGCGUAGUGAACUGAUCUGGUCUAUGCCAUCGCCAGGAUAUUCGGACUGACAGUCAGAUGCACAUUUUAUUUUUAAAGGACAGCUGAUUCCUCCUGGGCUGUUGACCUGCUUGCAAAGCUUUCUGAAGAGGGGUUGAAAGAAUCUUAACUUUCCAACAAAAACAAAAGAUCUAUAAUCACCAUUAAAGCCUGUAAAUGUUCAACAUUGUUCCUUUUUUUGGUACUUCUAUAAUUGAACUGUGUUAAUGUUUGUUUGAGCGCUCUAUACUUUGACUGUAGGUGUUAUAUUGUUUCCAGUGGGGAAACAGGGAAUGUGUCUCUGGGUUUAUCUUAAUUCUAUUUCUUUGAUUCCUUGCAUCCUCUCUUCUUGCUGCCUCCUCAACACAUCGGAGGAGAAGUUCAGAGGGAGGGAGGGAGGGAGGGGGGGGGGGGGCGCAUCAGAUUCAGGACAAUUAAGAUUCACUGUCUGUCAUCCUCUCCUCACAAGGUAGAACCACUGGGAUCUACUCUGACCUGUUAAGGACCAAUCCUAACACGAUAUGCACCUGUAUGUAAAGUCUGGCACGCCAAUGCAACAACUUACACAGAAAUGCAAGUUAACUGUGUGAUUAUCUGACGUUAGUAUUGGUCUUCUAGUGUAUCAGUGUUUGACUAGGUUGAUGUGAGGCUGUGUCUGAAUGCUACUAGCUGUCCAAUCCUUUCUUCCUCUGAGGAGUUGAGGAAACAAGGACAAAGUUAAUUGGCGGAGAGGAUCCAAGGUCCUACCCUCUGACGACCAAUGAGCUUUGAGAGGAAUUGAGGGGGGGGACUGAGGAAGCUAGUAACGUUUUCAGGCACAGCCAGAAAUGAGGCCCAGGCUGUCUCUAAAAGGUUAAUUCAUACAUCUGAUUGUAUUAUUGAUCUGAUGACCGUGUCCAUAUUGCCUUUGCUAAUGUGUUUGAAAAUGGCUUCUCCUUUACUGACCGUGUUGAACCAGUAGACAGAGAGGAUGUGUUUUUAUGUUGAAAGGGUGAUCUGAAUUUAGAGUACUGACCACACACUGUGUUUCUUUAACAGGAAACUGACUUUGAAUCAUGUUUAAUACAUGACUACUGCUUCUAGUUAAUAUCAGCCAGUUUUAUUUGCUUAUCAGAUUGAUUCUGUCAACAUUUCAGAAAUGCAGUAUUGUACCAUAAGCAUUGAGGGCUGUGAGAUGCCAAUAUUUAUCAUAUGCAUAAUUCAGUCAUUGUGUGCGUAUAUAAAUACAUUUGGCAUUGUCUUCGGGUCUUGGUUGGUUCCUUAAACCACUGUCAGUCUUCCUGUCCAAGCUUAUCAACAUGUUGAGUGGAACAGACUAAAAUGACAUUUUCUUUAACUGCAAAUCAGUUCAGUAUAUGCAUUACCUGCCUUGUUGCUCUUGUUUUGAUUUAUUUAAUUUUAAAAGGUAUUUGGUCUCAUGUCAGGGUUGGCUCUCUACAGCAGCACUCACCAGUGUUUCAUUGAUUUGCACAUUCAUUCCUUCAGUCUGAACACUUAAGGCUCUGCUCCAAUAUCCAUACUUGUGUACUACGGAUACGUCCCAAAUGGCAUACUUUAAGUGGUAUACUAAUAUGGGCAUUGGAACCGAGACUUCUAUUCCCUUAACAUCAGGAUGCAGUAUUACCUGGUUGAUCACAUGAUCAGCUGUUUGUUUAAAUGAUUCAUGGUUAUCAGAGUUAAUUUAUCACUAGACUGAGACCUGUCUGAGUCUGUCACUCUCACUUCCCUUUACUCAACUGGCAGAUCCAUUGACUGGAAACAUGUGAAUAAAGAACCUGUUACAUUUAGAAAUAAAUGUCUUUUGAACACUGA